AAUGUCAGAUUACUAUAAACUAGAAGCUCUUGGUCGGGCCCGCCGAAAUGGGCGAGCAUAAUCUUCUUAAUCCCGGGUUUGUGGGACCGUUGGUAAACAUCCACACGGGAGACACAUUUUACCUCCCCAAUUUUAGAGCGUCCGGGGGACAACUGGCGGGUCUACCCUCUCUCUCCUACCCAAGAAGGGACAAUGUAUGCUCCCUUCCUUGGACCGCGUCGGAGCCGUGCAAUGGAUAUCCUCAACCCUACUUUAGCAGUGCCAUGUCCAUUAACCCCUCUUUCAAUCGUGCAUGCGAAAUCACCAGGCAAGAUGAAGGCAAAUGUUUUUACAGCAACGGUGGCGGCAACAGGGAACCCUGCGCUGAAAGCGCAAACCUCAAACGUGAAGAGAGGGCAAGAGGAGACUCCUCUUCCUCCAUAACGACGGAGCAUGGACUGCACAACGGGAUUGGCAACAACGGUACAUAUUCCAAGUACGACUAUGGCGUGGAGCAGUUGACCCAAGAUCCGCUAUCCUGUCAAUCCCUAGAAUCUGACUCCAGUUCAUCGCUGCUCAAUGAAGGGAGCAAAGCCUCUACAGGCAUCGCUCAGGCGUUGACAUCCCCUGGCAAUCACGCACCAAGCACAGCAGCGGGCGGAGGCGCCCCGUGGUACCCAAUGCACACCCGAACCCGAAAGAAACGUAAACCCUACUCCAAACUCCAGCUGGCGGAGCUGGAAGGCGAGUUCAUGCUCAAUGAGUUCAUCACCAGACAGCGGCGGAGGGAACUCUCUGACCGCCUGAACCUCAGCGACCAACAGGUUAAGAUAUGGUUCCAGAACCGGCGGAUGAAGAAGAAGAGAUUGAUGCUUAGGGAGCAGGCCUUGUCCUUCUUCUAAGAGGGAGAGAUAUAUUUUAAAGGGGAAUAUAGGCAGGCUGUAUUCUCGAUUAAACAUACUGUUGAUUAUUUUGGUGUAAUCAAAUUCGAUGGCAUAUAGCAUGCACAGUAUGACGUCUCACGUCCUUUAGAAGAAGGAUAUUUUCUGAAACAAAACGACCUCAUCUGAGUUAUCACUACAUCUAUCUCGAAAAACAAAUCAAGAGACCAAAUAAUAUCUUUAUCUGACCUUAUAUCGCAUAAAACGUUUAUCAAUACAAGUAGUGACAGUGCAAGAGCUAAUAGUCUUCCCUAUAUUAUGUGUUCUUUGAUAUGGAACAUUCGAAAUAGUCAGCGCCCAGGAAUGAAAUGCAGGCACAGUGCAGUCUAAAGCAACACAAAGUUUCAAUUAACAUUAAUAGGGAAAAUAUCAUUUGGGAUUUGUAACUUUUUUCAAAGAUUUCUUUGGCUAUUUAGUUUCCCAUCCUUUUACCAAUGCACUAACACUUGUGACUCAUUCGGUACAAUCAUUUCAAACACAUUUAACUAAUCAAAUUAUAUAUAUAUCGGAUUUUUACAAAUUGAUUUGAUUGAAGAUAUGAACAAUUUCAGUAAUAAGCAUAUGCCUGCUUGUUGAGAAUAUGAAGCUAAUGGAAAGUUACGGAAUCCAUACUAAUGGAUAUUCAAUAUUAAAGAAUAACUCAAUCAAAUUUACGAAUGCAUAGCAUGUAUUUAUAAACCUUUUUAGUCUCAUGAGUGGAAUUAAGAUUGAACUGACCCAAAUGAUGUUUCAUAAGUUUGAGUUCACGUAGCUACUUCUAUGUAGGCACGGUGCAUCAAUAUGGCUAUGGCCCAUAAUGGUUUACAUCCAAUCUACAUUUCAUCAGUAUUAAAUAAGUCAUGACAUGAUCGACCCCAGAACUCCUAAAACAAGUGUUACAACGUUCAUGGAAGGUUGAACUUGGGCAUAUUCAGCCAUUUUUUAUUUUAUUUUUAUUUUUAUCUCAGUGGAUCUUAAGAUGGUUUUGGGGCAUGCAAUUAAAAGCCUAAGUUAUUCAUUUUCAAUCAAUCAUGUGCUCUAGGAGACGUGCAUGGCCACGGUCAAGGACAACAACUGGCUAUACAGCCUACUGCGUCUGUCAGAGCCAUCCAUUCUAGAGCCAUUUUCAUGAGUGCAUUUCGAUAUUGUUUGUAAAUUACAACACUUAGAUUUACAAAAGUCGAUUAUCUGCUAUUACAUUUCUCAUCCCGCUAAAACACACACACACACACAAAGAUUCCGAGUUGCAGUCUUAAAUGCUAGUGGGGGGAUUACGAUAAGCUAUUUGAGUUUGUUUUGGGGAGGGGUGGGCAAGUGUACAUGCUGCUAUUUCUGUGCGGAAUGAUCCGCGGAUUCUCUUGUCGCUUGGGUGCAAAGUAAUAGCCUAUGUACCGUCAUGACUAUUUAUGGACUGCGAUCUGUUUACUGCAAUAAUAAUUGGGGGCUUAUGGAGACCAAUAUCUUUUUCGUAAACACUCGGAUCCCUCUUUAAACCUGUAUAAAUAACUGAGCAGUUAUCAUGGAGUAGGUGAACGUGUUGUGAUUUAAGUGCGUCCCCUAGCCCUACAAGGGCAGGAAUGAGAGCAAUGAAUCUGGGAAUUGCAAUCAGUUUUACUCUAUUGUACUGAUAGUUAAUACAAAAAAGGCUAAUACAUGUUUUGAGAAGUAGGCCAAAUUCCUCAAAGCUUGUAAUAGCAUAUCCAUUGUGACAUGUGAAAAAGGCCUAGAAAGUGGUCAACAGGAUUCAUUCAAUAUUAUUUGGGCUCAUCCGUUCCAACACCAAAUACUGAAACUCACUUACCUUCUAUGCAUUGAUGAUUAUUGCUUGUUGUCUGUUAUAUAUUUUCUAUUAUCGUUAUAAUAAUUUUCAGAAUGAAAGCUAUAAGUAGAUUUUAAUGUUAUCAAAAGUAGUACCUAUAGUCAGUAGCUGUAUUAUUGUCAACGUGACCGUGUUUGUAAAUAAUUGGGAAUAAAUUCUCCCCUAGGAAUUUUGUUCAUGAAAAUAUAAAUGUCCUGAAUGGCUUGUGCUGCUCUGUUUCCCUCUCUAUCAUCUCUCCAGUGUUAUUCAAUACGUUCCCCUUUUGUCUCAAUGAAACCAACUCACGUAUGCUAUAUUGUAAAAUAAGAAUGUUUACAAUAACUGCAUUUUAGAAUGAGCAAUAUGAUAGAUUUUCGUUUUGUCUGUGUUAUGUAACAUCUAUAUCCACUUUAUAGAAUAAAUGUGCCUAUACCAAUAUGAAUUACAUGAAUGUUUCAUAUGUGUACGGUUUACUAUGUCUAUUAAAAUAUGUUAACUUUUAUAUCAUUA